AUGGGCGACCGUGUCUCUCAGCAGUUUUUCUUCAUUUGCCAAGCCACUCACCGUCUCCUUUCAUUAUCAAUUCAUAUAAGAGUGUUGUUCCUCCAAAACUGUGAUCCCUUUUCCCUUUCCUGUUGGAUGCCAUUAUCUCUCUUGUCGCUUCAAGGACCCCCUGCGGCGCUGAACAUACUACUUUGCCGAGGCUGCCCGGCUCUUCGGACUCGAGAUCAGCUUGAAGAAGACGAGGCUCCUCCACCAGCACGUACCUCGAGAAGAGUACCGCCCUCUCACAUUACUAUCGGCGAUGAGACUGAGCUGAAAGCAGUUCACCAGUACACUUACCUGUGGUGUACCAUCACAUCGGAUGCCAAGAUCGACAGAGAAGCAGACAACAGACUGGUCUUGGCAAAUAGCGCUUUCGGCAGACUCUACAAGAGAGCCUGGAACAGCAAGCAUCAGAAGAAGGACACUAAGAUUAGCGUCUAUAGAGCCCACUUUUCAUUAACCUCAUCAUCUCAUCUCAUCUUAUACUGUCUGUUCAUAUCUAUCUAUCUAUCUAUCUAUCUAUCUAUCUAUCUAUCUCAGUCUGUUCAUAUCUGUCUCAGUUUGUUCAUAUCUAUCUAUCUAUCUAUCUAUCUAUCUAUCUCUGUCUGUUCAUAUCAGUCUGUUCAUAUCUAUCGUUCUAUCUAUCUCUGUCUGUUCAUAUCUAUCUAUCUAUCUAUCUAUCUAUCUAUCUAUCUAUCUAUCUAUGUUCAUAUAUAUCUCAGUCUGUUCAUAUCUAUCUAUCUAUCUAUCUAUCUAUCUAUCUAUCUUCAUAUCUAUCUCAGUCUGUUCAUAUCUGUCUCAGUUUGUUCAUAUCUAUCUAUCUAUCUAUCUAUCUAUCUAUCUAUCUAUCUAUCUAUCUAUCUCUGUCUGUUCAUAUCAGUCUGUUCAUAUCUAUCGUUCUAUCUAUCUCUGUCUGUUCAUAUCUAUCUAUCUAUCUAUCUAUCUAUCUAUCUAUCUAUCUAUCUCUAUCUCUGUCUGUUCAUAUCAGUCUGUUCAUAUCUAUCGUUCUAUCUAUCUCUGUCUGUUCAUAUCUAUCUAUCUAUCUAUCUAUCUAUCUAUGUUCUAUCUAUCUAUGUUCAUUCAUAUCUCAUCUGUUCAUCUAUCUAUCUAUCUAUCUAUCUAUGUUCAUAUAUAUCUCAGUCUGUUCAUAUCUAUCUAUCUAUCUAUCUAUCUAUCUAUCUAUCUAUCUAUCUAUCUAUCUAUCUCAGUCUGUUCAUAUCUGUCUCAGUUUGUUCAUAUCUAUCUAUCUAUCUAUCUAUCUAUCUAUCUAUCUAUCUAUCUAUCUAUCUAUCUAUCUAUCUCUGUCUGUUCAUACCAGUCUGUUCAUAUCUAUCGUUCUAUCUAUCUCUGUCUGUUCAUAUCUAUCUAUCUAUCUAUCUAUCUAUCUAUCUAUCUAUCUAUCUAUCUAUCUCAGUCUGUUCAUAUCUGUCUCAGUUUGUUCAUAUCUAUCUAUCUAUCUAUCUAUCUAUCUAUCUAUCUAUCUAUCUAUCUAUCUCAGUCUGUUCAUAUCAGUCUGUUCAUAUCUAUCGUUCUAUCUAUCUCUGUCUGUUCAUAUCUAUCUAUCUAUCUAUCUAUCUAUCUAUCUCUGUCUGUUCAUAUCAGUCUGUUCAUAUCUAUCGUUCUAUCUAUCUCUGUCUGUUCAUAUCUAUCUAUCUAUCUAUCUAUCUAUCUAUGUUCAUAUAUAUCUCAGUCUGUUCAUAUCUAUCUAUCUAUCUAUCUAUCUAUCUAUCUAUCUAUCUAUGUUCAUAUAUAUCUCAGUCUGUUCAUAUCUAUCUAUCUAUCUAUCUAUCUAUCUAUCUAUCUAAGUCUGUUCAUAUCUAUCUAUCUAUCUAUCUAUCUAUCUAUCUAUGUUCAUAUCUAUCUAUCUAUUCUAUCUAUCUAUGUUCUAUCUAUCUAUCUAAGUCUGUUCAUAUCUAUCUAUCUAUCUAUCUAUCUAUCUAUCUAUCUAUCUAUCUAUCUAUCUCAUCUGUUUCAUCAUUAUCUAUCUAUCUAUCUAUCUAUCUAUCUAUCUAUCUAUCUCAGGUUGCUUCUGUGGUUAUCAUAACCAUCUCACUCUUUACGGAGUGGUUGUGCCGGACGCGCCCUCAGGCUGGUUGCCAAGCAAGGCUAACAGCCAAGUCUGAAGAAAGAGAAUCUCUAUACCUUUUUCCCCGAGUAUAUUUCUGA